AUGAGUUUAACAAUCCAUAGUUUAUCAUAUGCAGCAUCCUUGAUAAAGCCUGUGCACAUCAUAGAUGUAAUUAAUUAAUUUCUAUUUUUAGUUAUAUGCUAAAUCUUGCGUUAGCGUUGGUGAAUGUUGUGCAUGCUCAAAAACAGGUUAUUGUAGCUCAAAUCAUACAUGUGCUUGUACAGCAACUUAAGGAGGUGAACAAUAUGGUUAAACUUGUUUAUUGAACUCAACUGAAAACGCUGCUGUUGAAAAAUAGUUAGUAAGUGGAGCGGAUGAGUCAUAAAUAGCAAGGUUACUGUUAUGAUAUAUUUUUAGUUUCUCUGUUAUCUAGGUUUAUGAUUUAUUGAGUAGAAAUUCUACUAUGACGUUUAAACAAUUAAAUGCCUUAGUUGAAUUAGGCAAAUCUAUAGCUAAAAAUAGUGUAUAGUAAAGUGAAAUCAAUUGGUUUUUAAGAAGCAUAGAAUACAUGACAUAGAAAUUAAAAACAAUUAAAACAUUAGAAACAAGUGCUCUUUAGACUUUUUAAAUAUAAAUAAUUGAUUUAAUUAGAUCCUUAAUGUUCAAAUAUAUUGAUUUGGAUUCAUAAAAGAAUGUGAUUUACUUUGAAUAAGGAUAUUUUAGCGCUAUUAUUGCUAAAUGGAAAGAUACAAGUAUAAUAUAUUUUGAUUUCUAAUAGUAAGUUAUACUAAUAUGA